AUGUCAACCGAAUGGAGUGAGAGUAUCUAUGCUAAGGAAGCUCUUGGGAAAGAAGUUGUGAGAUUUAUUGUCAGUCCAUAUUUUUGGAAUGACACCGUUCAAGCACUUAAAGUUGGUAGUCCUUUGGUUACUGUACUUCGUUUGGUAGAUGGGGAGAGAAAACCACCAAUGGGAUACAUUUAUGAAGCCAUGGAUAGGGCUAAAGAAACUAUUGAGAAGGCAUUUGAUCAUUAUAGGAGAAAAUAUGAGAGAGUGUUUGAAAUCAUUGAUAAAAGGUGGACGGAUCAGCUUAAUCAACCUUUACAUGCAGCAGGGCAUAUUUUGAACCCCGAAUUCUUUUAUAAAAAUAACGAGAAGAAGACUUUAGAUAUAGACGUAUGGAAGGGGUAUCAUGCAUGUGUUGCGAAGUUGGUGCCAGAUGAAGCGAUGCAAGACAAAAUAGGGGAAGAGCUUGUUGAAUGGUGGAUGCAGUUUGGUUAUGAAGUUCCAAACUUGCAACAAUUUGCUAUUAGAAUUCGAAGCUUAACUUGUAGCUCAUCCGGGUGCGAGAGAAAUUGGAGUGUUUAUGAACAUAUUCAUACUAAGAAGAGGAAUAGGCUUGAGCUAAAGAAACUCAAUGAUCUCGUGUUCGUAAAAUAUAAUAGAACAUUGGCUCGUCGUUACAAAGCUCGCAAUAUCAUUGAUCCAGUUUUAUUGGAUAACAUUGAUGAAGCAAAUGAAUGGCUAACCGGAGCCGUCGAAAAUCAUGAAGAAGAAGAAGUAUUUGAAGGAGAAGGUCUCACUUUUGGUCAUGUUGCUAUGGCAAGUGGAGUUGAGGAGAAUAUUUAUGGUUUUACGGGAAGUACUUUAAGGAGCAAGGAAAGAGUAUCUACAAGUACAAGUACAUGUACAAGUAGAACCCUAAUUGACGAAGUCUCCGAUGAAGAAGAAGAAAAUGAUGACCAAUAUAAUAACUCGAACAUGAUGACACUUCAAAAGUUUGGAGAUCUUGUUGCUCCUUUUGUGAUUUUGUUUUGCAUUUGCUUAAUAUGUUAUGACUUUUGA